UCUGGCAACCGUGCAGUGCUUAGUAGUAUUCGGUAAGUGAAGAAAUUAAGAAGUUCCUUAUUGCAAUUUCUGGCUUGUCAGUUGUCAAGGUAUUUCCUUUUUAUUCAUCCCUCAAUCCUCAUGUUUACUUCCUUCUCCUUUACCCUCUUCUCUUCUUGAGUUGUCAAGGUAAUUAGUUGAGCAGACUAGUGAGGUGGGAUGAUACUCGUGGUAGUUCGGAAUUAAUUUGUUUGAACUCCUUUCCCCAAAGUAUUACAACUUGAGUAGAACUUGGUUUGGAAUAAAAUAUCGUGCCUAACUUUUCCUCAAAAAAAGUUGAGCAGGCUAGUGAGCGAUGAUUUCAACUCAGGUUCCACAAGACCAAACUGUUCUGGACGAGUUGGUGAAGCAAGCGCAAAGCGAUGCCAGUGCAAGGAUGGCAGAGAUCAACCUGAGUCAAGGGCGAGUAACUCUCCUUGGAAGCUUAAGGAAUGCCACUGGAGGAUCCAUGAACUUCCAUGAUGAUAAAAUAUGGUCUGGUGAAAUCUUCCAAAGAUACCAGGAUGUUGUGGCUAAUGGCGGGAAUGCUGCGUUUAGUCUAUUAGCCAAUAUUCAGAAUGGCAUCAAGUCAGCUGUGGUUUAUAGUGGUAGAAACGUUAACACUGGUGGACAACACCAAUGUGGAUGGCUCGUCGCUUGGUCCAACCCUCAAGAUAGACAUGCCAAGAAGGUUUACGUGGAUUGUGGGCCGAUUGCGAAAUACACGAACAUAAAUUGGGGAAGCAUUGAAACUGAGCUGAAUAAAUCUAGUGCUAACUCCAGCCACAGUGACCCGUCCACCGGGACCGUUGUUCAAGCUCGCAUUUUCCCCAUGGAGGAUCCGGUGCAUUCAGGAAGCGACGGAAUUAUCAUUGCGGAGUUUAAAUAAAUUCAUCAACGGUUAAUUUAAACAAUUUAACCUUCAUGCAGUUUGAUAAUAAAAUAAUAAAUGAAUAAUGAAGUUAAUUAAUCAUAGUGGAUCAUUUAGUAAGUAGUAACAACAUGUUUGUUGCUAUGAUGCCCCUUGCCUAUGUAUGCUAUUUUGUUCGUCUAUGUAAUUCUAAUGAAAAUUAAUUUUCUUUCACUAAGAUGCCAUUGAAAUAA